GGAAACCGCUGCGGUUCAUGUGUUCGAUCGAAAGCACGAUUUUCCGGAAUUUUUGUGGAUGAUUUACUUCCAAGUGUCGUGAAGAAGAAGUUCCUCCUUGGAGCUUGACUUGUGUCGCUCAUAAAACUCAUAGACACCAAAUCUCUCUUACCGCGAGUCGAGAUGGGGGGGAACAAGUCUCAGAAAAAAGACUUUCAAAAAGUGAAAUUGAAGAUCGGGCGCACCGUGAAUCGUGGCGAGAAUUUCACCGAUACCAGUUUCAAGAGUAAAAAAAUCGCCAUCCGAGUCCAAUUGAAAGCUGGGCCGAAGGACAUCAAGGAGCAGUUCCAGUCUUCGGUGCACAAAAUCAACAGCUCCAAUACCGGUCUCAUCGUGGACGGUCUCCAGACUUUGAAUCGAAUUGUGUCUCAGCUGACUUCCGACAAACGCCAGGCAGUGCUGAAACGUCUAGGCAACCUGACUUCCAACAUCGAGAUCCAGAUCCGCAUGGGAGCCGCGACCAUCGUGAAUAAAAUUCUCGAGACUUUCUCCUCCGAGCAGCGAGGAGGUCUCGCAGACCAACUUGUCCUCGGCCUCCAGAGUUGUUUGACCAGUUUGGACUGGGCGGUCAAGGUCGACGGUCUGAACUAUUUCGGUAUGCUCUUCAGACACAUACCCUUCGAGCUUUCGAAAAACUAUUCUGUUUUGGAGAAUAUCAUGGAUCUCGUCUCCUCGACAAAAGAAGAUCUCUCGGGUCGCAAGCUGAACAUGGAGCUCAAGUGCAGCAGGAACCAUAUCAAGCUGUGGAGCGAUGUUUGCGACUGCCUUUCGAAAACGAUUCAGUUUUUGAUGAGAACCUCGCACGGUGAAGGAAAAUCGCGGAGGAAGACUUGCAAGGGUCUUGUGUCGGUUUAUCCGCGGAUUCGAUGGGUUACGAACAGAGUCAGAUCUACCGGACCCGCCAUGCAGCUCAAGGGAAACGCGGUCGCGAAUGAAUUCCUACCGGUCCUCCUCGAGAUGUGGUCGGGUGUCGAGAACUUCGAGGUCACAUCAGGCAACGAACAAAUCAAGCACGACGCCUUCGCGAAAGUGUCACUACUCUUGCUGACCGUCACGGAAUGGGCUGAUCUUUCUCAAGAUACCGAUUUCAAAGCACUCCCAGAUCAAGCUUUGAAUUUUUUCAAGAGCAGAUUCCCCUUGGUGUUCGAAAACAACGCUUGCUCAACCGUGAAUCUCCGGAUCGCAAAAUUCCUCAUUACGAUUCACGGGGGGAAGAAUCUUGCCUUGAACAAAACUCUCUUUUUCGAGUUGAGAGGGAGCCCCAUUCCGAGCGAUACCAAACUGCUGCUGGAUGUGGCCGCGCGAGCCAUGAACGACACGCCACAAGUCCUGCAGUACGUGAACUCUCUGUUCUUCACGAAAAAGGCUCAACAACGGAGGCCGUUCUAUAGUUUCUAUCUGAAAGCCUGCGAUGAUAUAGUUGGCGAUUUCCAUCUGAAUCAGAUGCUCCUGAAAAUGCCGGCAUUCAUCUCUAAAAUAAUCCUUCAGUAUCCCACGAUGUGUUCCGACGAGGUUUCUCUCCUCGAGAGUCUCCAUUCGCUCAUGCUACCAGCGUAUCUCGAAGGUAUUGGAUCGCUCUCUCUCUCAACUCUGGAACAAAUUCUGCGUACAACCCACCAGCAAAGUCGUCUCGCGCUUCGGCUCGUCCUUGAUCAAGAUAAAUUGCGAGGGGACCACCUGAAAAUAAUCUUGGACUUCUGGAACGAAGGGAACUUGACCCCCGACGAUAUGCUUUUCGUCGUCGGACACCUAUUCUGGAAGCUCGACGAGGCGUGGGCGAACCUCCUCCGGGAGCCUGACAAUAAUAUCGCCGCCGCUAUCCACAUUCAACUCGUGAAUCUGAUCUCGGAGUUCUGCAUGAGUGUCUAUCUGGACCUCGACGAGAACCAGCGACCGCGCUCCGCGGGCGUUCACAUUCUACAGCCCAAGAUGCAAUAUUUCCAGAUGCUCCACAAAACCAGUCUCCAGCUGAAAAGCGUAAAUAGACCGCUGCAUUUGAUGUAUGUUUCUAUGCGACACAUGCUCCUCGUGAAUGACAAGGUACGACAACGUAUUAUCGACCUGCUCUGGGCUGUUCUGCAGGCGUGGGAGGACUGCGGGAACACCGUUGGGAUGACCACCGUAACAUUGAUCAAUGUUCUCGUAUUGAUACGAGAACUGGAAGUGUUAGGGGAAGACAUCAUCGACUCGCUCGACAAGCUGAUCAACCAGCUCAUGGUCGCGCACUUCCUCGUAAACUCCACCGAUCGAGAUGUUCUGGCUGCGUGCAUUGAUUACUAUCGAGUUUACGGGACAUCUUCGUUCAUGCAGGAUUUGGAUGAAGCAAUGAAAGCGAACUCCGAAGACUGUGAUGACCAGCUCCAGGCGGCUUUUGGGAAGAGCGCGAAAGUACUCCGAGAUUUGAAACUUCUCACAAUCGAUGAGCUUCACCAGGAUCACAUCGAAGACGCUGUGAGACUGGUCGAGGAAGAAGUCAUGGAGGAGGAUGCUAACUCAACAGAUUUUUUGAGUCUGGCUUAAGAAGCCGAUGAUUUCAUCGUUUACUGAGAUGGAUCGGUACAGUCUCUACCGAGUAGUACCGUUGGGGAGGAGGAGCCCCCCUCUCUCGGUGCCAGCCCGCUCAGUGUUGGAAUCCCAACUGAUGUUUCUAUUCGAUUUGUAUAGAAGAAGGAAGCAAACGAUUCCUCGUGUAGAAUUCCCAAAACAUGUACAGGCAUCGUUGAGUCUGUUCGCGUCAGCGAUCAACAUUGAUGUUAAGAAUAAAUACCCGACUUUGGUUGUGUUAUCCCGGCGUAGAU